AUGGCGGCACCUAAUGACCAGCGCAUUGCUGUCCCUAUAGACGACCCUGAUGCCGACACAGAAUGGAACGACAUUUUGCGGAAGCAGGGCGUGAUUCCCGAGAAGCCACCGAGUCCAACGCCUAUGAUUGAAGAGGCAAUUCUCGAGGGAAGAAGACUUGCGCACGAGAACCGCUUGGAAGGCAAAGAUCUCGACGAACUGGACGAGCUAGAGGAUGACGAAGACGAAGAAUUCCUCGAGCAGUACAGGAAGAAGCGCAUGGCGGAAUUGAGCGAGUUUCAACAAAAGGCAAUGCACGGCAGUGUCUAUCCUUUGUCGAAACCAGACUACCAGCGCGACGUCACCGACGCUUCCAACAACGGCCCGGUGCUGGUCAACAUGACCUCGUCCAUGGGGAACAACGUCGAGUCGCGGGUGCUGUCAGAACUGUGGAGGCAAGCGGCAGAAGAGUAUGGGGACAUCAAAUUCUGUGAGAUACGAGCAAGCCAGGCGAUCGAAGGUUACCCCGACCGCAACUGCCCGACUAUCCUGGUAUACAAGAAUGGGGACAUUGUGAAGCAGGUCGUCACACUAGCCACCAUUGGAGGCGUCAAGACGAACAUGCAAAAGAUCGAUGACAUUCUCGUGGAGGUCGGUGCAGUGCCCGACUCCGAUAUGAGGGUGGUCAAAAGGCGGCGCGCUGCGGAAGACGCAGAGGAAGACAGGUUAGCGGGCAAGAGCAUCAAAACAGGGACUGUGGGUAGGUCCAGGCAGGACGACGACGAUAGCGACUGGGACUAA